AUAUUUUUUUUAUUUAGGUAGAUAUAUAAAAGUCAUCAUUCUCAACAUGCACAAUGACACCGCCGUUAGAGUUAGCACUAUGCCACCACCAUCAUCUGCGCCACACAUCGCAGAAUGGUUUAAAGUACUCAUCUUCAUCGCGUUGACAUUUACCUUUUUUGUCGGCACAGUCGGCAACAUACUAGUGGUUCAUAUCAUACGAAAACGUAAACAAAAACGCAGUAUACAUCUAUUGACUUUAAAUUUAGCUGCAUCCGAUUUAAUUGUUUUAUUGAUUUAUCUUCCAAUGCAGAUGUACACAAUCCAUACAGAAUUGGAAUGGCAUUUUGGAAAAUCAUUAUGCCGAGUUUCGUAUUCAGUGAAUUCAUGCUCAGUGAAUGCUUCCAUCGGUACGUUAGUCGCUAUAACUCGGGAUCGAUACGUUGCAGUUAUGGAUCCUAUAGUCGCUCAUAAACGUGCGACAACUUUUAUUAAAUAUUGGAUUAUCAUAAUAUGGUCGUUUUCGGUUAUUAUAACUGUACCAUUAACAGCCGUCGUAGACGCUAAAGUUCAUCACACAAUGAUGAUUUGUACGGAGUAUUGGCCAAAUCCUAACUAUGAAAAUAUAUAUUGGAUAUCAGUGUUUGUGCUGCAGUUCGUUCUACCUCUCAUUUUUAUUGCAGCGUCUUACGCUAUCAUUUUAGUUCAAUUGCAAAAAGCCCAAACCCCAAAUGAACUUGUAUGUUUGAAUAACAACAAUGAAGACCGUAAUUUUGCUUCCAGUCGUCGGAUAACGAAACGAAAGAAGCAACAAAGCAGAAGAUUAAAAAUGUCUGUCGUUCUCGUUGUCGCUUAUGCGAUAUGUGUCCUUCCACAACACUCGGUAUUCUUCGCUACAACAUAUGGAAAUCUCGGUACAAAAUCGUACGGAAUUUUAAUUUUUAUCACGUCAAAUUUUCUUAUGCUGCUUAAUAGUGCACUCAAUCCAGUCAUUUAUGGGACAUUAAAUGACGAAAUGAAGAGGGGAUUCUUAAAAAUGUUAUGCUGUGAGAAAUACAGUUUACUCGAAUCCUUUCGGAGUAGUUUUCAAAGAUUGAGGCUACGAAAACGAACGACAACGACCGAAAGUAACACGACAAAUACAAGUUUAUCACCAAGAAAAACAUCGGUUCAAUUCGAUAUAACGCCAGUAACAAGAAUUGAUAAUUUAUAAACAUAUCUAGUACGCAUGCUCAGUACGCUUAGCAAAAUUGUGAAAAAAACGCGUAAGAAGUUAUAAUUCAUGUUUUCGUUGUAAAUACACAGAGGUAUUUCAUUUCUUACUUUCAAGUCGGAUUUUCUGGAAUAUACUAGCGAAACAUUAUUGACACAAAACAAAACAGAGGCGUAUUUGCUCAAGUGUUAGAAUUUGUUAAGUUUCUGAUGAUCGUAAGGACACCAUACAAAUCGUUUUUUUUUAAAUUGGAAAAAUGAAUGUUUAUGACAUCAGUCAUGGAAGAAACAUUAUAUUAUUUCGUGUAAGAUGGAAUAACCGACAUCCAAAAAUUUCUGUUUACUCGAAUACAAUUAAAAAUUAUCAGA